AACUGGACCCCAAGGGAUUGCUGAAGAAUUGGAGCCAUGGACAUGUGUUGAAGGAGCGAAUCCUGACACCGAUCAAAUUUGAUGGCGACAAAUUCCAGUCCACUUGGGACAAAAGGAACAACCUUUGACUCAGUGCGUUGGUUGAGAAGGGGAAGACCAUGAAGCUGAUCCUCUCCCUUCUCUGGAUUGGGACCCUCUUGGAACCAGGAGCAACAGUGCGGCCGUACAUUCACCCAUUUUCUAUGAUUACCUGCAACAUAUCGACGCCGCCGGCGGAGGUGGACGGGGAGGACGGCUUCCUGCCUGGGUUGAUUGGAGAUAAUGAGACCCAAGUCAAUGGCUCAGGGGAGAUGUGGUGGGAAGAGGAGGAGGAGGAAGAAGUGAAGCCCGACGUCAGGAAGCGGAACUAUUUAUCCAGUCUCCAGGCCUCUCUCGGCUGUGCCUGGUUAUCCCACUGGACCUCGCGGGAGGUGUCAGGGGUCACCAUGCUCUUCCCCAUGUACCUCCAUGUGAUCCUGGCGGCUCUGUCCUUGGGUGCACAGGGCUCCACUGCCGACAGCCUCCAGGAGAUCUUGGGCUUCUCGGACAAUGGGUGCGGCGGGAUCAGCGGCAGCCAGCGCUCUCACGACAUGCGUUGGCACUUCCGGCUGCUCCUCCGGGAUAUCCUCACCCAUCAUCGCAGCUCCCUGUCCACCGGCAGCUGGAUGGUCUUCCAGGAGGGUCUGCGGCUCCGCCGGACCUUUGCCCGCCAACUCCGGCACUUUCAUCCCGAGGUACGGCUGGGAGCCGUCAACUUCCGCCAGCCCCAAAUGGCGGAAGAGUCCAUCAACAACCUCAUCCACAGAGCGACGGCUGGCCGGCUGGACAACCUGGUGACCGGCCUGAGCCCCAGCACCAACCUGGUGGUCACCAGUUUCGUUCACUUUAAAGGAAAAUGGAAAACCAGAUCUCAAUGUCACGGGACAGAACUUCAGGAUUUCUUCAAUGAUGCGGGGGACAAAACCCAAGUUCUUAUGAUGAUUUGGUGUGGCUGGCUUCAGUAUAAGACUGCUUCUAACUAUACACUGAUUCAACUCCCAAUGAGUGAGACAAUGUACAUGAUACUAAUUCAAACAGUCCAACCAGCCACGAUGGAGGAAAUCAUGAAAAUGCUGCCAGUUGACAAAACAGUGAAAGAUUUUCAGACUGGGUUUGUGAGGCUUGUAAUGCCGCGAUUUGCAUGGGAAGGCACGUACAAUGUGAAGGAGAAGCUCAGCCAGGUUCCAGAGAUGCUGGGUGGUCAAGCUGAUUUCUCCAGGUUAAGCAGUGCCCAACAAUUGGUGCCAGAACAGGUUAUACAUAGCAUUAUUUUUGAAGUCACGGAAGAUGAGGAAGAGCAAACCACUGCAGAAGAUCUUGCAGUCAGCAACACAACCACAACAGAGAUUAGAUUUAACAAGCCAUUUGUUUUCCGAGUUUAUGAUGGGGCAUUGGACAUGUUGCUGUUUCUUGGAAGUGUAAAGAGAUUUCCCUUAAAAUCUGAAUUAAAGAUAUUUUAAUGUACAA